AAAUAUUGAGGGCUGCAUUGAAUUUGAUUCAGUUUCACCCAAAGUUUGGAUUUUUAUGGUGUUUCUACUUUGAAUUUGAGGGGAUUUGUUGAUUUUUUUGUUCUGGGUUUAGUUUGUUUUGAUUCUUAGCUGUCUGUUAGGGGCUAAAGGAUGGCUUUGAAUCUGUCUAGGGGAUCAGUUUUGCCUAAGUACUCUUCCCCAGAGCAUAGUUUGUGUUCUGCUGUUAGGUGCUCUAAUGGGUAUGUGAGGGAUCAAUGUAAAGAGAAGAGCUUGGAUGGUGAUGCUUCGAGUUCGAAUUCAGAUUUGAAGAAGAAUAAUAGUCAUUAUAGUGAGCCUUGUGUUGAUGAUAUUCUUGAGAGGUUGCCUGUUGAUCCUUUUGGGAUGGAUAUGAGGUCUACUUUUACGGCGAUUAGUGGUUGGCUUGAGGAUUUUGAGAAGGGGUGUGAGUCUUAUGAGUUUGGGGUGGAAGAGCAGAAGAAGAAGAAGGUGGAUGGUGGUGGGUUGUUUGCUGGUCUGAAUUGGGUUUGGAAUAGCGCUGUGAUAUUUCAGCCGGAGCUGGGUGAGGUGAAGUUUGAUGGGAUAUCGAUUCCAUAUGAUAGCUUUGAUGGGUUUGGGAUCAAUGAUGGAGGUUUUGUAUUGGACGACAAUGUGGAGGAGUUUCUGGGUUUUGGCCAUGUGGUGAACUUGAAUGUUAGUUAUGGAGCUCAGGAACUGCCGGUUGGAAUUAUGGAAAGGCCGGAAUGUAGUAUAAAGAAUUUUGAUAGUGAAGGAGGUGCUCCACAUGAUGCUAUGUUUUAUGCAUUGGGUUAUCUUGGCGUUCAGGAUCUUCUUUCGGUUGAACGGGUCUGCAGGUCUUUGAAUCAUGCAGUCAAAAGCGACCCUCUUCUAUGGAGGUGCAUUAACAUUGACUGGCCGUUGAAUGAGAGGGUCACCGAUGAUGCUCUUGUAAAUUUAACUAGCAGGGCUCAGGGUAAUCUUCAAACCUUAAGUCUAGUGCAUUGUGCAUGGAUCACCGAUACUGGGCUGCAUCACGUGUUUGACAGCAAUCCAAGGCUGACAAAAUUGAGUAUUCCAGGAUGUAUAAAAAUAAGUGUCGAGAGCAUCUUGUUAAACCUAAGGACCUUAAAAUCUGCAGGCAAGCCUGGUAUAAAGCACUUGAGAAUUGGAGGUCUCUCUGGUAUAACAGACAAGCAGUAUGAAGAGUUAAAAUGUUUGCUCAGUGCAGAUAACCAUAUUCAGGUUAAAGCCCCAAAACCACGUUAUUUUCAUGGUGGGCUAUCCUAUCUCUCUUGUGAUGAUGAUUGUGCCAUCGACAUUGAAGCAUGCCCCAGGUGCCAGAGAUUAAGUUUAGUUUAUGAUUGCCCAGCAGAGACUUGCCAAGGGAAACAUCAGAAGGCUCAGAUGUGCAGGGCUUGCAUACUCUGCAUAACUCGUUGUAUUAGUUGUGGGUGCUGCCUCGGAGACUGUGAUUAUGUGGAGACGUUUUGCCUACAGUUGCUUUGUUUGGAAUGUUUGGAAAACCUACUCAAAUGUCAAGAGAGGCAUGGAGAAAAAGGUGCUUCCAAAUGUGCCAUAUUUUGUCAAGAGAGCAGGUAUCAGUUUUGCCUUUUUGGCUAAUGGGGAAAGAAGAUGCUGCAUAUUGGUGUCCUGUUGGUUCUGGAUUUGAAUCUAGAAGGUUUGGCUGUUUGGAAAAUGGGCAGAAGCUAUCUAUUGCAUGCUUAGUUUCCUGAGGGAUUUUUACCAUGAAGAAAUUGCACCAAGGAAAAGGAAAAAAAGAAAAAAAAAGAAUUAAAAAAAAUAAGAAAAAGACAGAACUACUGAGAGAAGUCUUGCCAAUGGGGAAAGUGUAAAUAAAAGAGGCAGUAGUACGGAGAAGUUUGCCUGAAAAUGUUAGCUCAUGCCCAAGUGGUUCCUGUCCUGGAUAGUUGCCAAGGGGCAAAGAAGAGAAUUAUCUAGAAAAUUUACGGAUGGAAGUGGAGCAGUAUGGUGAGUAACUGUCGAUAUUCAUUGUCAGCGUCAUCAUCGGCAAAGUUGAGCAGGGUGCAGAAAGUUCUGGAAGAAGCAGUUGGCUCGUUGAAGGGCUGAUCUGUUAAAUUUCAAAGGAUCUCCUUUUGCGGUUGCAGCUGAUGCCCACAUUUUUUGUCUUUGGGUUAUAUGUUGCUAUUGUUCUUUCCGUUGCCUUCAAAGUUCAACUCAUACUUGUGCAAAUGAAUAAGCAUUCUUGGGCGGAUAAUGAAUAACGCCGGUAAUGGGCUAUGAGCCUAUGAUGAUAAAUUGGUGCUUAGUUGAUAUACUUGAAUGUAGAAUUGAGACCUUUCAUGUUUGUCUCCUGUUGAUCGAUUUAAGAGCAACUAUAACUUAUUUGUUAUUCAGAUGUCAAUCAGAUACAAUCCCUCUCUU